AUCUUACCUGUUGCUCACACGAAGGUGGAAGAUAACGAGGAGUUGCGGCAGAGCGUGCAGCUUCUGUUGUCCACAAAGAUUGCCGUUUAUUUGAUGACGUUCAUGAUAGUGACGGUAGCGUGGGCGGCUCACAUCAGAUUGUUUCAAGUGAUUGUUCGUAUCGAUGACUGCCUCGCGCUGCUGAACCUCGCGUGCAUGAUGCUGAUCACCUUCCUGCCGUACACGUUUUCUUUGAUGGCGACUUUCCCGGACAACGUUCUGGGGAUUUUACUCUUCUGUGGCUGCGUGAUGGUGAUGGGCGUCAUUCAGUGUCUCAUCGUGUUGUACGCCUUCAGCCGGCCCUUCCUGCUGAACGAGCAGAUCCAGAUCUCCGAGAACCAAACCUUCUACAAAGAGCACAUCCUCAAAGUCAUCAUGAGGGUUCCUCUCAUGUGCUUCAUCGCCAGCAUCUUCUCCUUCAUCUUCUUCCAGCUGUCGUAUGUUCUGUUGGCGAUCGUCAUCUUCCUGCCGUACAUCUCGCGGUCUCUGAAGUGGUGUCGGAACAAAGCCAUCGGUCAGGUGGAGGAGACUCCGGACUCCAUGAUGUUUUACACCUACCUGCCCAACGAGCCGCUCAGCAAGGAGCGCGUGGAGGCGUUCAGCGACGGAGUUUACGCCAUCGUAGCGACGCUGCUCAUCCUGGACAUCUGCGAGGACAACGUUCCCGACCCGUCCGUGGUGCAGAAGCAGUUUGGCGGCUCUCUGGUGGCGGCCCUCCAGGUUUACGGUCCAGAGUUUCUCGCCUACUUCGGCUCCUUCGCCACCGUCGGCCUUCUCUGGUUCGUGCACCACUCGCUCUUCCUCCACGUUACCAAGACGACGCGCUUCAUGGGCCUGCUGAACACCUUCUCGCUGGCGUUCGUCGGAGGCUUGCCUCUGGCCUACCAGCUGACGCACGAGUUCCCCAACAACUCCCGGAACGAGCUGGAAGCCAUCCAGAUCAGCUGUGUCAUCAUUUUCUUUGCAGGGAUUUUCCAGCUGGCGAUCUGGGUGGUGGCGCUCUAUAACGAACAGGAAACACUGCACCCGUACGUACGCUACGGAGGGCGCGAGCACGUCUUCAUGCUUGCUAAGCUAGGUCUGUACCCGUGUGUAGCCUUAGGGACGUUCUUCCUCACCUGUUUCCUGAGUAAAUUUAGCGCUCCGAUCUUCCACCUGAUGGAGAUCACCGUGCCUUUCGCUUUCCUCGCGCUCAGGCUGCUGGUGCGUGCCGGGUUAGCUCUGAUACGGCUGUUUUUCUGUCCCGACGGGGCAGACCAGAGAUCUGUUGUUAUAGAGGACGAUGACGAGACAAGAGUGCCAUUUAACGCUUUAGUGACUUAGCUUUGAGAGGAGAGUGGAGAGAAAGUCAAGUUAGCACAGAGCAGGGAGCUGCAGCUAAAGGAAGAGAUGGGCUCUCUUCUUUUAAGCUGGUUCAAACUCUGAGAAAGAAUCAAAUGGGAUUAAAGAGACGUGUCUUAUUUUGAAAGGGAAGGCAGGAAGUGGACCAGAGAAGUGAAGGACACCGACGGCCAAAAGUCCAUCCUUUCAUUUCAUGUUUUCACUCGAAUACUUUAAGCUGCUUCUUGUGAUGAGCGAAUAAUCAACAAUCGUCUUCUUUGUGUUCUGAUUUAUUUUACUUUCAUUUCUUAAAGUCACGCGUUUGAAAAAGUGGCUUUAAACGGUGGACGACUAAACGCCGAUUAAACUUCAAACCUUACUCUGACAGAUUCAGAAGAAGCGCUAACAGGUACAGGUGUGAUGACACUCCGUCCGACGGUUACGAUUUUAAUCCAGCCGUUUAUUCAUGUUUUGGUUUUUUUGACCUGGAGAAGUUGAACAUGUUCACAAGGUUUCAUCCAUCUGAGCAGAUCAGCAUCAGAGAGUAAGUUACUACAAGUAACACAUUGGACAUGUGGCUGCAGGAGCUGGGGUUCGAACCCCCUGCCCAACUGAGCCACAGCCGCCCCUACCAGCUAAUGUUAGCCUCUUUGUGAUUAUAACUCCAAAUUCGGCCUCAUUUCCUUCUGGGUUUUCAUUUUUUAAAAAGCAUUGUAUUUCAUCUGCUGAUGAAUCUAAAGCUGCACUCACAGUAGGAAAUCUGUACGGUGCCUAAACACGCUUCACCCCGAAGUCCAGUUUGUGUGACGAGUGUGAGUGCUCCACGCUACACUUCCUUGGCCCUGGCUCGCUUUGAAGAGGUGUGCUUCUGCACGGGACAAAACAUAGAGGGGCAAUCAUGCUUAAGCACGGUACGGGACAACCAGGCGGAGUGUGGGUGCGCCCUAACAGACCCAAAUCUCUGCAUAUAUCGUUCCUAAAACAUCCCAUUGUGUCUGAGCGAACGUGUCAAACUCUUUAAAGGGAUACUUCACCAUGAAACAUGACUCUCUGAUGACAUUGGGUCAUAUAUGUAGAAAUGUGAAAUACAUUUUGAAGUUGGUGCCUU